UUUACCUAUACAGUGCACGUUCUGUAACAUUACGGGGUUAGCGAUCGAAACUAUAUAGUUAACAAUUAAUAGUAUACAUUUUUGAAAUUGACUGAUACUUAUGAUAACAAUCACAUUUUACAUUCAACUACAUCAGUAAUGCAUGAGGAUGUUGGUUUUAUGUAAAUGGCAUUAAAUCUUCAAUUAAACGGUUUAUUUUUAAACAAAUUAAAAAAAUAUUCACUUAUACGUUAGUGUAUUUCACAUGAUUACAUUUUUCAACAUUCAUGAAAAUUUCAAGGAAACUUCGCUCACAGUCCGUACCGAAAUAUUGUCAUUCGAACUGUAAUAGGAUAUAUUAUUAAUACAGGGACACAAUGUGGUCGAAAACCGUCACUUUUACAGCAUAUCUAUGGCUGCUAGCCGUCACAGAUUUCCAAUUAGCGUUCGCCGCCCAAGAUGCCACACACGAAGACAUAAGAACGGCAAUAUAUUCAUUCGCACACUCGUUGCGCGAUAAUGUGGACAAAUUGGAGCGACACGAACGGCGUGAAAAACAAUCGAGCGAUCAAAUGCAAAAUAUGCUUUUGACGAUUGUGAAUAAGCAGAGAGAGCAAAAUGUAGAAGGCAAGGAACUCGAGAUGGCCAUCAAAGGAUUGGAAGAAAGUAUGAGCACAUUAACGAGAGCAGAAACAGAGGAGACUGCCGAUAGAAAAAGUACAAAACUCAUGUUAGAGAACUUAGACAAACGCAUCGUUUCUACUGAGGCCGAGGUUAAGUCUAUGUUAAUAGCAGAACAAAAGUCUUCGAACCAGCUGUACCAAUCGUUCGACGACAAGCUAAACGCCAUGUCGGAACAAAUCAGUGCGCUACAAACCCGAUUCGAUUCUCUGGAACGGACUCCUAAGUCCAAUGUGACAAACGAUGUCAUCUUUGAACUACUGAACAAAAUAAUGAUCGACCAGAGCUCACAGAACCACGCCACAGUGUCAGAGCCCGCGAACGCCACGUCUCAACUAGUACAGGAGACCAGGCACGUGAUCAUGGAGGCGGUCAAGUCGCUGUCAGAUCGAAUGGACGAUAGCGACCGGAAGCGCGCGGCGUCAGAUGCAAAGCUGACGGAAGUGGCCAAAUCAGCUGCCGCGUUCCAAGACGACGUGCAAAACAGCUUCCGGUUAAUGUCGAACGAGGUGAAGACUCUGUCAGACGUGGAGAAAGUACUCGUGCAAACAGCCGACAACGUGCUGGACACUAAACGGAGGAUUGAAUACGGCACGCACCAGAUACUGAUGGAAGUGACGGCGGUAAUCAACGAUCGAUCGAAGGAGCUGAACGACUCGGUAAAUUCCGGCCUGGAGCUGGCGGUGAAGACCGUGCUGGACGCGCAGUCUGUAGGUAUGGCCAACCUGAGCGUGAAAAUCGAAACGGAAAUCAGCCAAGUGUGGAGGCAGAUCGGCAUCAUGUACCAAACGCUCACAGACUCGGCAUCCACGUUGGCCACGCUCCAACAGCAAACGGACGUGUUCGUCAACAGCACGGCCACUUCAGUGGACGGCAUGAAUGGAAAAGUGUCAGCGAUCGCCGGCCGCAUGACGGAGGUGGAUGAGAAUCUCAACUACUUGCUAGGACGAUUGUCGCUGGUCACACAGGAGUUCAAAGAGAUCAAAGUCGGGCUUGGCGAGGCGCUGGAGAGCAUCAGGGUCGGAUUGCAAACAGUACAAGGUAACAAGGCAGCAGUGGACCUGGGACCUGGUCCAAAUCCCAUCGAUGAAGAAUUUUCAGAAAACAUCAAUCCGAACGUACUGUCGAAAACCGUUUACACAGUCACAUAGACCCAAUCGCAAUUGAUUACAUUUUAUAAUAUUAUAAAAUUACAAUCAUUUCAUUUUUUUUUUUUUUACACUUCAAGUCCAGUGACAAUUAUCACUAUGUCUUUAUUGAUCACAGCGAUUUAAAAACCCUUUAAAAUGUUAUAACACUUAUUCAAAAACAUUUAAUUUAUUUUAAUGAUUUAGAGAUGACGAAUAAAAAUUAUAGAUAAUUAUUUAGUCUGUUAAUGAUUAUUACACAUUUUAACGAUCUUUUGUUAAGCUAUAAGGAUAUGGGGAAGACCAGAUAAAUAUAAGUAUUAAUAGUACACUGUACACUAAAUAACGAUGAAAUUUUUACUAAAAAUUAUACUGUGCCUACCUGUAAUACGUAAUAAUGUUACAACUUUUAUAGAUGGAACCCUUUUACUAAUUAUUAAAGUUAAGUAGCUUUAACAAUUUUGGCGUAGAAAUUAGGAAUUUAACUUUCAAUUUUCCACGUGUAAACAUCACAAUGUAUUACAAAAAAUACUAUUUAAAAUGUUACAAAAAUAAUAACUAUGAUUUUUAAAAUGAUUAUAAUAUCAUAUUUAGUAUAAAAAUAAUAUUGUAUUCGAUAUUCUUAGAUUCCUAGAUGUUUAUAUUGAUCAUGAUAAUUUUAAUUAUUGUUCAAGUUUGAAUCGAUAAAUAUUUUCUCAGUUUAUUUAAUUCUAUGUUUUUAAAAUAAGUAAGUUAAAAUUUGUGAUGAACCGAUAUAAAUGUUGUAACUAAUAUAAAAUCGAUAACCGAUGUUUAAAAACCAUAAUGAAAAUAAUAUAUCGAUUGAAAGCCUGAUAUCCGUUAUUAACCAAUAUUGUUUUAUUGAUAUUUUAAAACAUACAGCUUUAAAAAAAUAUGUUAGCCGUAGCACAAUUUAUUUAGGAUUUAUCGAUAUUCAUUAAUAAUUACUAUAAAAUAAUCAAUGUUUUAAA